GCGCGGGGGCCGGGCCGGGGGCGGGGGCUGAGGUGUUUUCUUGCUUGGCUGUGAACGGCUCAGCCGGGCCGGUGCGUGUGUCCGCCGCUGCGACUGAGCGGCAAGGCAGCGGAGGGUUGGUAUAGUCACGGGGGCUGAGCCACUGACCCCAAAAAGUUACCUUGUGAAUUGUUCUUUUUUUUUGGUGUUUUUGGGUUUUUUUUUAGAGUAGGGGAGGAGAAGUGAGGAAGGAGUCAGUGGAGCAAGUUCGGCUUGGCUGUUCGCGAGUGUUAAACAGCACGACUGACACCGCUCUCCUGGAUACCUGUCCCAGGCUGAGCUCUCGCAUAUUAAGCUGACGCUGCUGAGGGGAGCUGUCUGAGACGAGGCUGGUACAGAAAUUACCUCAUGCCAUUCCCGAUCUACACCGAGUAUAAUUCCAGGGACCUCCACAGUAACAUGGAUAUGCAACUCUUUUCGAUCAAGAAGUACCUCAGCUGUAGGGCAAAAUACAAGGACAUAAGCUACUGACCUCCUUUUAGCAUCAGGAUCAGACGUACUACCCUACUCCUCACCAUCAAUUAAGAGCAAUUGAAAAUCCGCCUCAGAAAAGCUGGUCAACCCGUUCUGUCAGUGGACAUCUUUUGUAAAACACAUUUUAUGUACUUCUGCUGAGAUCUUCUUUUCUACCUACCCACCGCAUGGUUCUAUAUUACUUAUUGGGCACUGAUGGUAGCCUCCAGAAAGUGCAGCUUCAAAUGGUCAGCCUCAUCCUUUAGCAAGAAGAAAACCUGGAUACUGGAUAGCAACAACGUCUUCAGAGAAAAUGGUAUACGAAGGCAAACGAUUGGUUUCCUGCCAUUGUUUCUUCCUGUUAACAGCCAAGUUCUACUGGAUGCUCACUCUGAUGCAGAGGACUCACGGCCAGGAGUAUGCCCACUCCAUUCGCCUGGAUGGGGACAUCAUCCUGGGAGGACUGUUCCCCGUUCAUGCAAAAGGGGAUAGAGGGGUGCCUUGUGGGGAGCUCAAGAAGGAGAAGGGGAUCCACAGACUAGAGGCAAUGCUGUAUGCAGUUGAUCAAAUUAAUAAAGACCCCGAUCUUCUUGCCAAUAUCACCUUGGGUGUCCGCAUCCUCGAUACGUGUUCCAGGGACACUUAUGCAUUGGAGCAGUCCUUAACAUUUGUGCAAGCGUUGAUAGAAAAAGAUGGUUCAGACGUCAAGUGUGCAAAUGGUGACCCACCUAUUUUCACUAAGCCAGACAAGAUAUCAGGUGUGAUAGGUGCUGCAGCAAGUUCUGUGUCCAUUAUGGUCGCAAAUAUUUUGAGACUCUUUAAGAUACCUCAAAUCAGCUAUGCAUCCACAGCUCCCGAGCUGAGCGAUAACACCAGGUACGACUUCUUCUCCCGGGUGGUGCCGCCAGACUCGUACCAAGCCCAGGCCAUGGUCGACAUCGUGACAGCCCUGGGGUGGAACUACGUCUCCACGCUGGCUUCCGAAGGCAACUAUGGUGAGAGCGGCGUGGAGGCGUUCACGCAGAUCUCCAGAGAGAUUGGAGGUGUUUGCAUUGCUCAGUCACUCAAAAUCCCUCGGGAACCAAGACCAGGAGAAUUUGAAAAGAUCAUUAAGCGCUUGUUGGAAACUCCAAAUGCUCGAGCAGUGAUCAUGUUCGCGAACGAAGAUGAUAUUAGGAGAGUACUGGAAGCAGCCAAAAAAGCCAAUCUGUCUGGACAUUUCCUCUGGAUUGGCUCAGACAGCUGGGGGUCAAAAAUUUCACCAGUCCAGCAGCAGGAGGAGAUUGCUGAAGGAGCAGUAACCAUUCUACCCAAAAGAACAUCCAUAGAUGGAUUUGAUAGAUAUUUUCGGAGCAGAACACUUGCUAACAAUCGAAGAAAUGUCUGGUUUGCAGAAUUUUGGGAGGAGAAUUUUGGAUGCAAGUUAGGAUCACAUGGAAAAAGAAAUAGCAAUAUCAAGAAAUGCACAGGCUUAGAAAGAAUUGCGAGAGAUUCAGCCUAUGAACAAGAAGGAAAAGUUCAGUUUGUCAUUGAUGCAGUGUAUUCCAUGGCCUAUGCCCUGCACAACAUGCAUAAAGAUCUCUGUCCUGGAUAUAUUGGUCUGUGUCCAAGGAUGAGCACAACUGAUGGUAAAGAACUGCUUAGCUACAUCCGGGCAGUAAAUUUUAAUGGGAGUGCUGGAACACCUGUUGUUUUCAAUGAAAAUGGAGAUGCUCCUGGACGCUAUGAUAUUUUUCAGUAUCAAAUCACCAACAAGAGUACUGAAUACAAAGUAAUUGGUCAGUGGAGUAAUCAACUUCAUCUAAACGUAGAAGACAUGCAGUGGGCUAACAGAGAACACACUCAUCCAGCAUCUGUCUGCAGCCUUCCCUGCAAAGCUGGGGAGAGAAAGAAGACGGUGAAGGGAGUGCCCUGCUGCUGGCACUGCGAGCGCUGCGAGGGCUACCACUACCAGGUAGAUGAAUUCAACUGUGAACUCUGUCCCAUCAACAAGAGGCCAAAUGCCAACCGCACGGAUUGCCAGCUUAUCCCUAUCAUCAAGCUGGAGUGGCAUUCUCCUUGGGCCAUCGUGCCUGUCUUCAUCGCUAUUCUCGGGAUAAUCGCCACCACCUUUGUGAUUGUGACAUUUGUCCGCUACAACGACACGCCCAUCGUCAGGGCCUCUGGGCGGGAGCUCAGCUAUGUGCUCCUGACUGGGAUUUUUCUCUGUUACUCCAUUACUUUUUUAAUGAUUGCAGCUCCUGACACAGUGGUCUGCUCAUUUCGAAGGAUCUUUUUAGGACUCGGCAUGUGUUUCAGCUAUGCUGCGUUGCUCACUAAAACAAACAGGAUUCACAGAAUAUUUGAACAAGGUAAAAAAUCUGUCACAGCUCCCAAAUUUAUUAGUCCAGCUUCUCAGCUGGUGAUCACUUUCAGCCUCAUAUCCUUCCAGCUUAUUGGAGUCUUCAUCUGGUUUGCUAUCGAUCCACCACACACCAUUGUAGACUAUGGAGAGCAGAGGACACUUGAACCAGAAAAUGCCAGAGGAGUUCUCAAAUGUGACAUUUCAGAUCUUUCUCUCAUUUGUUCCCUUGGAUAUAGUAUUCUCUUGAUGGUCACAUGCACUGUUUAUGCUAUUAAAACAAGAGGGGUUCCAGAGACCUUCAAUGAAGCAAAACCUAUUGGAUUUACUAUGUACACAACCUGCAUAAUUUGGUUAGCUUUUAUUCCAAUCUUUUUUGGUACGGCCCAAUCAGCAGAGAAGAUGUACAUCCAGACAACGACACUGACUAUCUCCAUGAGUUUAAGUGCUUCUGUGUCUCUGGGCAUGCUCUACAUGCCCAAGGUUUAUAUUAUCAUUUUUCAUCCAGAGCAGAAUGUUCAAAAACGGAAGAGGAGCUUCAAGGCUGUGGUGACAGCUGCUACAAUGCAAAGCAAACUGUCACAGAAAGGAAAUGACAGACCAAAUGGAGAAGUCAAGACUGAACUGUGUGAAAGUCUUGAAACCAACAGUAAGUCAUCUGUAGACUUGGUCAAGAGUGGCAGCACAUCUUAAUAGAUCCUCCUCUACCAAGACAACUUAUGUCAGUUACAGCAAUCAGGCAAACUGAGCAGGGAUGAAAUUCACUGGAAGAUCUGCAGGACUGGAUCUUGCAAACAUAGACUUUACCACCACCAGAAUUCAGUCUUGAAAAUAUCAGUAGUCUACAUUCAAAUCAAUAGUCAGUCUCCUAAAGAACAAGGAUUAAACACAAGCAAAAGGCAAAAAGAGACAGGGGAAGGAAAAGUCCAGUUUUAUACCAUAGAGACAGAGUGUCAAGCUUCUGAACUGUUCACUCACAAAAGGAAGCAAAUCACAAAUGGAAGCAAAUCACAAAAGGAAAACAAAUGUUAGCUUGUGAAAAAAAAUGCUGUUGAAAUAAAUCAUGUCUGAUGUUAUAUUUGUAAGUACUUUUUUGUGAUUGUGACAAUUUCCUUUCCUGUCCUACAUUGUUCAACUCGUAAAAGAAGAUGAGUUUGUUUCUUGUGACGGCUGACUGAAUUAAGUCCUGGGUUAUGCUAAAAUAAAUGCAAUGGUCAAUGCAUGCUAAUUUUUAUACAAAAUAAUUUAUUUCUAAUAAUAAAGGAAUGUUUUGCAAAUGUUGAGACUUGUUUUGUUGCAGUUUUAAGCAAAAAAAAGUCCUUACACUGUUGUCUAUUGUUUGUUUAGAAUGUGCAGUAAAGGUGGGUGUACAAAUAAAAUAAUAAUCAUGGCAUCAGAAGAAUGCAGUGUAAACUCUAAGCAUGUGUGUAUGUAUGCGUGUAUGUGUGCACCUGUGUGUGUACAUACGUGCAUGCCUGCCUGCAUGCGUGUGUGUGCGUACUCUGCAGUGUGUGAAUUUAUUUGUUCAAAGCUUUGUGACUAUAUUUUCUAAUGGAAGGAUUUUUUCCCCUCUUCUUACCCUCAAAGUAAGUUCAUUUUGUAUGUUUGUAAAGUAAAGGAGUCCUGAUAGUAAUUAUUUUGUAUGAUUGUAUUAUAUUUUUGAGUCUCCACUAAUAAUUUUGAUCCUUUUCAUUUCUGGAACUUACAGUUUGUAAGACUUUAUGACAGCUAGACUGGAUUAAGCUGAAAGUCUAUUCAGCCUAGUAUCCUGUCUCUGACAGGAGAAUGUAGCAGAUGCAUAUCUCAAUAAAGGUGACUUUGAAAUAACA